AUUGGUUUUCAGUCAUAAAACGCGCGUCAACCAAUUCGGUUAAAUCAAAAUAUAUUUCCAAGUUGUUAAUAAUUUUUGUGCUGUGUCUGCUUAAAUAUACUUCUGUGUGGGUGUAUCAAUGUUUUGGAAUUCGAAUAGUAAAAACAAAAGCUGAAAGAUGAAUAAAAAAGUAAACAAAUUCGAAAAUUGUAAACAAAUGUGCAAAAACCAAACGAAUUACUAGCUACAAUUGAAAUAAAUUGUGUACUUUAUAAUAAAUAUAAAGCAUAUUUGCAAUUGGGAGAUUUGAGCUGAAUAUAAUACAUUUUAUCUCAUUAUAUUUUGUAAAAACGAGUAUAAGUUAUUUUAACAAACGCGGAGAGGAUAAAUCCUAUAAUUGUGCAAAGCAAAGCAAUUUUGUUUUCUGUAUAACAACGCAAAAGCCGCAAUACGCGUAUGGGUAUGUGUGUGUGAUAUAGCAAUGUAGUGAAGCUAGCUGGUGGGUGGCUUGCAUUUUCCAGGCUGAUACAUUGUCCUUCAACAAUUUAGCGUAAUGUCACGCCAUAUGUAUGGUCUACGUAGUGUAUAUAUCAAAAAAUAAUAGUGUUGAGUAUAGUUUGUUAAAGAAAAAUAUAUAAAAAGCAUUUAUUUUAAAGUGUUGGAGCGCCGUUGUCGGCUCCCACAGGAAUACCAGUGAUUAGUCAUCGCGUUCGAUAAAAUAAUAACAACAAAAGUGACCGGGUGUCUUCCGCAACAUAGACCCCUUCCAAGUGUCAGCAAAUCGCUAUACAAACACACGUGCUGUGUUAUUUAUACAUACAUAUAUACAUAAAUGUGCAAAAACAAAUGUGUCUAAAGGAAGUAGUAGUGCGCUAUAAAAAUAGAUUUAUACACGCAAAUUUAACGCUACUGAUAUAAAAAUAAAAGUGAAUAAAAAUACGUCAUGUGGCCUACGUUCUAUACGUAUCCCUGCAUUUGACAACACAAAAACAACAUACGCGAAGUAAACUCAACUCGUUGGAGGCCGUGCUGACAUUCGACGCAUAUUCGUACAUAUCUGCAUAGACGACGGUGUGUGUGUGUUUGUCAGUGUUUUUGCCAUCAUCUAUAUUCUUCCUUUCAAGUCCAUCAGCGAAGCACUUGAGUUUGUGUCUUCCAACGACGACGCAUUUUUUCAUUUUGUUUUUGCAUAACUUGUUUUUUAUAAGAAUUUAUAUAAACUGGUAUAAAUUCUUAUUGGAUUGCGUGCGUCUACGAGUUUAUUUCAACUUGGCCUUCGCAUUUUGAUUUGUGGCCAAGAUGAGCGAACGCAAAUUCUCACGCGUCCUAAACAGCAACAAAGCCGGUAUGGCAGCACAGCUGCGCGACUCCGUUUCGCAGGUGGUGCGGCAGAGCACAGCGCUGAGCAAAUCUCAUGUGGUGGAACCUAUCGAUUUUGAGGGUUUUGUUGCGAAAAACAAAAUGCUUAUACAAAAUGAUCCACAGCGGGAGCUCUUGAUGUAUCCCAAUGACGAUGUGUCGGAAAUCGUCAUGCCUCGCAAACAACGCACAAAUACCAAAUCAAUUAUCGAUCGUUUCGAACCGCCUAACGAAGCUAUCAUUUGCCCCUUACAUGGUGGCACUAAUGGCACCAGUAACGGCGGCUCAAGUAGUGUUUCCAUUUCACGUCAGAGUAGUCACACAAAUAGUCCAAAGACGACACAACGCCAAAUUAGCAGUCAAUCCAACUCGAAUGUACAAAAUGGUAAUCUCUCGAGAAAGAGCUCACAGAGUUCAUCUACCAAAAUACAGUUAUCCAUCAAAUCACCAACUUCCUCACACGACUCCUAUGAAUCUGCGCUUUCGACUGCCGGCUCUGCUGGUGGCGGCAUUUUAACUUCCACUUCACAUUCAUCCUCAUCGUCCACAUUGAAAUCGAAUAUACUCGCACAACCCGAAGAAGAUGAGGAUUUGGACGGCUCCGAUGGUGCGGAUGGCAUGAGUUGCAAUGGCAGCAGUGGCGGUACACGCGCCGAAUGUACACGUUUCACACGUCAAGCGUUGUAUACAUAUCGUGCGAAGAAUCAUCUCAUACAUUACAAGUACAGCGCUUAUGGUGGCACGUGUCAUGAUUUGCCAAAAAUAAAUCCACCCGAAGCUUUAAUAGAGGAAGUGUAUGAGAUUGAUGCCGAUCAGGAUCGUAUUGACGAGCAAAUGACACGAUCUCAAGCGGAUUCGAUCACAAAGCAGGGGUACUUGUUGAAGGGUCCCGACUCCGGUUCGGAUCGCAUGUUUGUGAAUAUCGGGAAUAAGUCCUUCAAAAGGAGGUAUUGCUAUCUGCGCCAGGAGGUCGACGGCACCUACAUACUCGAAUUACACAAGGAUGAGAAGCAAGGCGAGGCUAAAGCAACAAUAGUCAUGGACUUUUGCACAGAAGUGGUGCAGAAUCCAAAACGCGGCCGCUUUUGCUUUGAACUCCGAAUGACCGCCGGCCAUAAAUCGUUUACGCUCGCCGCCGAAAACGAGGAGGAAUUCAAGGAUUGGCUAAGUAAGCUUUCGCUGGUGCUGCAACAAAACAAAAUACAAGAGGAUAAACGCGUUGCCUCUUUGGAGCGCGCACCACAACCAAACACCAGCAACGUUAUCUUUGGCACAUUGAAAGGUCUGGAUCAGUCCAUGAACCCACAGCUGAUUAAGUAUGGUCGUGAAACGGACAUUUCAAUUGCGCAGUCGCGACGGGAGCAUCGCCGACGACUCUUCGCCUGCUACCAAUCGACGGGUAAAGCAACAAGCAACGACAGCAUCGAUCAGUUUCGUGAACAAUUCGGCAAACGUAUCUUUAUCGCCUGUAAGGGCUUGCGUUUUCGCUUGCAAUGCGCCGGCACUGAUGGUCUGGAUGGUGAGAAUCUAUGCCAAGUGGAACCGUACAUCACCAGCAUGGCGCUGUAUGAUGCGCGCAAUGGCCGCAAAUUAACCGAAUCGUUUUACUUCAAUGUGAACGAUGACACAGUCAGUGAUAUGCUACCCACGACGCCAGUGCCGAACUCGGUGGCGGCUUGUUGUGUGCCACAGCGACGCGGCGAUGAGCGGGAUGAGCGUGCGCACAGUAACGGCGGCGCACGCGUACAAAACUCCCUACUAGAGAAUCUCUCUGGUGAUCUGCUGCGUUGCGGCAAAGAACACUUCACGCACUUACGUCAGGCGGUAUUCUCAGUGACAGCGCCACAUCCAGAUAUCUACUUGGUGCUGAAGGUGGAGAAAAUACUGCAAGGCAGCAUAGUGCAAGCGGCCGAACCCUACUUGAAGACUGGUCGCGAUCCAAAGAUCGCAUUAAAACUACACAAAACGGCGCGUAAUUAUGCGCAAAACAUUGGACACUAUCGACAACCGUUCGCAUGGGCAGCCAAACCACUGUUUCGCAGCUACCGCAACGAAUUGGAUACGGAGAAUAAUACAUUCGAAUUGACGACCAUCUACCGACAGGAGGCGAAUAAGUUGAAGGAUGAGGAGCUGUUGAAAUUGUUGGCGGAAUAUCGAAAGCCCGACAAGCUGAGCAAGCUCACAGUGAUACCAGGUUAUAUGAAAUUAACCGUUGAAGAGGUGGAGAAAGUGUCAGGUUCCUUUACUAAGUCUUUAGUGCCGCUAGCUAACUUCACAUUUCCACCCAAACCGCCCACGCUCGAGCUGACCGAAUUCCAAAGCAAUAGCAAGCGCGACACCUAUCCCUACAUAACAUUCUGCAAUCACUUAUUUGUCUAUCCGCAGUAUUUGCAAUUCGAUAGUCAAAAGUUAUUUUCGCGUGCACGCAACAUAACGGUGGUGGUGGAGUUGCGCGACUCGGACGAGGAGGGCAGCAAACCAUUGAAGUGUAUUUACGGUCGCCCUGGUCAUGAUUUCCUAGUCUCGCAAAUCGCUUGCCCCGUGCUGCAUCACCACACCACACCCACUUGGUAUGAGGAGGUGAAAAUGCGUUUGCCAUUGGGUCUCUUCCCCGAGCAUCAUUUGCUCUUCUCCUUCUAUCAUGUGUCGUGCAAUCUGGGCAAGAAGCGUGAUGCCAAUGCCGCUUUUGAAACGCCGAUUGGUUAUGCUUGGUUGCCGUUGUUGCAGAAGGGUCGCAUCAAUCUCGAAGAUCAAAACAUUGCGGUUGCGGCGACACUACCGGCCGGCUAUCUGUCGAUACAGCCUCUGGGGCUGGGCAAAGGGCAGAAUUGUGGUCCCGAGAUACAAUGGAUCGACAGUCAGCGACCACUCUUCGGCGUCGCCUUCCGCAUGGACUCCACCGUAUUGACGGCCGAUCAGCAUUUGCAUAACUUUUUCGCACAUUGUGAACGGCUGUUGGAGGGUGGCAAAACCACAGCGUUACCCGCUGAAACGGAAACCUGUAAAAUACUCAAGGCGGCGCAUGCGAUCGAUAUUAGCACGCUGAUUAAUUUCCUGCCAACCGUUUUGAAUGAACUCUUCACGCUGCUCGUGCAUACACAGUCCGAGGAUAUCGGUUUGAAUAUCAUACGCCUGCUGAUCAACAUCAUACACAUGCUGAUCGAUGAGGCCAGUCGCAAGGAAUUGCUCAGCGCCUAUGUGAAGUAUGUCUUCCAUGCGCCCUACUACAGUCAGAAGACAUCGCGUACAGUGCAUGGUGAGCUGUGCAAAUAUCUGCCGACCAUUUUGCAUCCGAACAAUACCGAUUUUCUGAUCGUCAAUAAAUUCAUGCAUUACUCGGGUAUAUUCUUCGAUUUGAUCAUUAAAAGUAUGGCGCAACAUCUAUUGGAUACGGGCCGUAUACGUAUGCUGCGUAACGAACGGUUUCCCAAAGAAUAUCCAACGCGUGUGGAGAGUUUGAUAAAAGUGCUGACAUCAUAUCUAAUCUCGCGCUACAAAGAUCUGCCGGUGGAGACGCAACAGUUGAAUCGUUCGUUGUCGCAAUUUGUGCGUCGCUGCCUCAGCUACAUGGAUCGUGGUUUCGUCUUCAAGUUAAUCAAAUACUAUAUGGAACAGUUUGAGCCGGGCGGUCAGCGUACGUUACAAGAGUUUAAAUUCGAUUUUCUAGCGGAGAUUUGUCAGCACGAACAUUAUGUGCCGCUGAAUUUGCCAUUCGUGCUGAAUCCGAAGAAUCGUCCUCCAGAAAUGAUGCUGCACUUCACGCUCUCCGAAGAGUUCUGUCGCCAACACUUCCUUGCCGGUUUGUUGCUGCAAGAGCUGAAACAUAGUCUGAACGAGGCGAGCGCAGUGCGACGCCAUGCGCUGCGGAUCUUUAAGAAUCUACUCGCCAAACAUGAGCUCGACGAUCGCUAUCAGAAUCGUGGUCAACUCUCACGCAUAGCACUGCUCUAUGUGCCAUGGUUGGGUAUAGUCAUGGAAAAUGCGCACCGUAUCGAUGAUUUGUCGGGUGUGGCAACGCCAAAUGGUCACGUCUACGCCGAUUCGGCUUCAUAUACACAGCGCUUAUCAUGUUCCAGCAGUUAUGUUUUCGGUAAGGACACAGUCUUGAAUUCGUCAACGUCGACGCCGCGUUCGAAAAAUCGCAUGACGCUGCAUAUUGAACAUCCGAGUCCACUGCGCGCCUCGGUGUAUGUCAGAGAUACGGCGCACCCAGGCACUGCGCCGCUCGCCAAUGGCAAUUCGGAGAGUUCGCUGAAUACGCUUAAUUCCGAUUCGCAAAAUUCACAGGAUACGCCCACUUUGGGCGCAGUCACAAAUGGUCACCAUGUCACCGACCUGACGGAUGUAGCCAUGCGCAACGGUCACAAUCGCUCGCUUCUGCACGGCUUGAAUAGUUUGCCGCGUUGCGAUAAAUUUAAUACGGCGGAGAGUAAAGAUCUCUUGCUCGGCUUUCUCUUUGUAGUCAAGCAUUUAGCACAAGAUCAAAUGAUCGGUUGGUGGCAGAAUUGCACAGAAACCGAAACGCUUGCGUAUCUCAGCAUACUGGAUUUGUGUCUGGUGCAAUUCCGUUAUGUGGGCAAGAAGCAUAUCAACCUGGCGGACGAUGGUAAGGAAGCGCGUGCGGCGCGCACCGCCAAAGCCAGUACUUUGCCCGCGCGCAUGCAGCCGCCAAACGCGGAACAGGCGGCCAACGGUAAUGGCAACGCACAUGAAUCAGGUACACUGUCGCAUACGCAGAACCGUGAGAACCUCGUUGAGGAGACGGCGCGCAGUCAACAGGCGUUGUACGAGUCCAAUUUGGCCACCGAAAUCGGUAUGAUUAUACUGGAUAGUCUCGGCUUGUAUGCCGUGCAUUUCCGUGACAAAUUGGGUGAUAGUCUGGUGUUGCCGCAGCUAGCGCGCGUCUAUCUGCGUUUCCUGCAGUUGGGACAGUCGGAGAGAUUAUCGAAACAUGUGUUCGCUGCACUGCGCGCGUUCAUCAACAACUUCUCACCGGCGCUUUUCAAAGGUAACGCUACGUUGUGUGGUCAAAUGGUUUAUGAGCUGUUGAAGGGUUGUGACAGUCGUCUAGUCGCCAUACGUCACGAGUCAUGCGCCGUACUCUAUCUGCUGAUGCGCAGUAACUUUGAAUAUACCGGCCGUAAAGGCCUCACACGCGUACAUCUACAAGUGAUCAUCUCGGUUUCGCAAAUGAUCGGCAAUGUGAUCGGUUUGAAUAAUGCGCGCUUCCAAGAGAGUCUCUCCAUGAUUAACAGUUACGCUAAUAGCGAUAAAGCCAUGAAGGGUACCGGUUUUCCAAUGGAGGUUAAAGAUCUGACGCGUCGCGUGCGUACCGUACUGAUGGCGACCGCGCAAAUGCAAGCCCAUCACAUGGAUCCCGAACGUUUACUCGAACUACAGUAUUCACUAGCAAACUCAUACGCGUCGACACCCGAACUGCGUCACACCUGGCUCAUAACGAUGGCGCGCAAUCACGAACAGAAUGGUAACAUAUCGGAGGCGGCUUGCUGUCAUCUGCACAUCGCCGCGCUCAUGUCGGAGUAUUUACGCUUACGCGGUGGCUGCAACAUCAACUGGGGCGCCUCGGCGUUCAAGAAGAUAUCACGUAAUAUACCGCGUGACGAGCAAGGCUUGAAGUUAGAUGCGGGUGCACAGGAUUCUCAAUACACCGAACAAAUGUUGUUGGAUCAGUUGAAACAAUGCGCUGAUUUUCUGGAUCGUGGCGAACGCUUCGAGUGCUUGGGUGAUCUUUAUAAACUCAUUUUGCCCAUGUAUGAGCGCAAUCGUUCAUACAUUGAGUUGGCGCAGUCGUAUGAGCAUCUUAUGCAGGCGUACAAUAAGAUCGUUGAAGUGAAUCGUUCGGGCAAACGCAUGCUGGGGCGUUUCUAUCGUGUUGUGUUCUUUGGAAUGGUUUACUUUGAGGAUGACCAUGCAGUAGAGUUUGUUUACAAGGAACCAAAACUAACCUCACUUAGCGAGAUAUCAGAGCGUCUUUCGAAACAAUAUAAAGAGAAAUUCGGCGAGGAUGUCGUCAAGAUGAUAAUGGACUCAUCACCGGUGGAUCCCAAUGCGCUCGAUCCCAAAUUGGCCUACAUACAAGUCACCCACGUCAUACCAUUCUUCAGCAAGGAAGAGCUCGAUCAGCGCCUCAACGAAUUCGAACAAAAUCACGAUGUCGACACUUUUAUGUACGAAACACCAUUCACGAAAUCCGGUGCGGCGCGUGGCAGUGUCGAGGAGCAAUGGAAGCGCAAAACCGUCAUCAAAACCACCUACUCCUUCCCCUACGUACUAAAACGCAUACCGGUCAAAUCACGCGAAAUCAUCGAGCUGAGCCCCAUCGAGGUGGCUAUCGAUGAAAUGCAAACAAAGGUUUCCGAACUUGAAGAGGUUAUACUGCCGCCAGCCGAUGUAAAGAAGCUACAACUGCGUCUACAAGGCAGCGUAGCGGUUACCGUUAAUGCGGGACCACUUGCUUAUGCGCAAGCGUUUUUAGAUCCCAAAAUAGUGUGUAAUUUCUCUAUAGAUCGUGUGGAGGAUUUGAAGGAUAUCUUUAGAGACUUCGUUAAGGUCUGCAACACCGCGCUGCAGCUGAAUGCGCGCAUGAUUAGCAGCGAUCAAGCGGAAUAUCACAAUGCGCUCGCCGACAAUUAUCGCAAGCUGUGUCAAGCACUCAGCGAGCUACUCGGUGAGCCGUUUCAGCCUUUGGAUGAUAGCGUCAACAGUGGGCAACGCAAUAGCAUGGCUUUAUUUAAUGCAAUCAGUGGGGCUUCGCAAAAUUCAAGUUUUGGUUUUGCAGUGUAUUAAGUUAUAACAAACAGCAACACAAGUCACAAAUAAUGCAAUAAAAUGCAAAAGUACACCCAUACAUUCUCACACCAACACAAGUACAAUAAAAAUUAAGCGAUUUAAUGAAUUUACAACAACAACAAGAAAAACAAUUGACACACAUAUGUAAUUUAGAAGUAAAAUGCAUAUGUAAGCAAAACACAAUAGUUAAAGGACAUGAAAAAACGAGGCGAUGAGCGAAUCGAAAUUUAUGAAAUGAGUACAAGAGAAAUCUUUAACUAAUAUAUACACAAAUAUACAGUAAUGUAUGUGCUUUAACAGUUAAAAACAUUAUCUGAAGAAGCGUUUUGGUUAUUUAGAGCAGCAAAUAUGUAUUAAAUAUUAUUUAUUCAUAUAAAUAUUAUAUGACUCAGUUGAAGGGCGUAAAUAAUUGGUACACAAACAGCAAACAAAAACAACACGCGUACAUACAUAUGUAGUACUAGUGCAUAUAUUCGUAUUUGAUUUAUAAUUUACUUCGCUUUAAUUAUUUAUACAUAAGGCUUAGCAUGCAUUUAGCCAUAACAAAAUGCUUAACAUUCAUUUUUGUUAGUUAUUUUUAUUGUUUAUUAUUAAUUAUUAAAAAAAAUAAAUAUUUAUACACAAAAAAAUUGAGAUUGCAUUUAAAACACAAAAUAUUUAAUCAUAUAUGUAUAUUUAUUUAAUUUUAAGCGGAAAAAAUAAAAAAAGGUUAGAUACAUGUGCUUACAUACGUAAAUGCGUAUCUAAUAAAAGUAUUUAUAUUUUUUCAAAACUAUUUAUUUACGAACGAUAUAUAUUUAUUAUUGUCUAAAAUUGCGUUUCUCAUGAAAUUGCAAUUCUUUACAUAAAAAAAUCACAUAAAUUAUAUACAUAUGUAUAAAAGUAUGUAAUUGUUUAGAUAAGCGUAUGUAUGUAUGUUUCCACUAUUAUAAAAAUAUUAAUAUGUAUUUUUUGUUUUUUUUGUAAAUAAUAAUUUAUAAGUCGAAAUUAUAUAUUGCUUUAAUUGUAUAUGUCUGUGCUUAUCAAAAACUAUAAUAUUGGUCGUUAAUGCAGUAAUGCAAAGCUCAGUUUAAGGCAGCAGUGAGAAGUUGUGAACGAUUUUGAGAAGAAAAAAAUU